UUUUAACUGUGCCAUAUUGAUUUACAAUAAAUAUGACAUUUCCUAGAUGAAACAGUUUUUAAUGAAUGCUAAGUAAAUAAACAAUUCGUCAAAACAAUUUAAAAUUUCUUAAAAUGACUGAACAGUACGAGCCUGUCGCAGAUCGUUCUAACGAUCACCACGAAAACGGUAGUCAAGAACAUGAAGGUGAAGAAUCCAAACUAACCCAAAAAAUGAAAGAACAAGUUCGAGAGCUUUUAGCAGAAAAAGUUUUUAUUGACGAAAACAGGCUGCCAAACGCUGUACGUUUAAUCGAUCAAGAAAUUUCCAAAUUGCAACAAACUGGUAGACCCAUAGGCAGGGAGUACAAAUACGUAGAUAUUUACAGAGAAAAACCUAUAAAAGUUACCGUAAAAGUGCUGGUUCCCAUCAGAGAGCACCCUAAAUUCAAUUUUGUUGGGAAGCUACUAGGACCCAAAGGCAACUCGAUGAAGCGUUUGCAAGAGGAAACAAUGUGCCGAAUGGCCAUUUUGGGCAAGGGCUCUAUGAAAGAUCGAAAUCGAGAGGAAGAAUUGAGAAAAUCUUUUGAUCCCAAGUAUGCUCAUCUGUAUGAUGAUUUGCAUGUAGAAAUCUCAGCAUUUGGCCCUCCGGCCGAAUCAUAUGCUCGUAUCGCUUUUGCUUUAGCAGAGGUUCGCAAGUAUUUGGUACCUGACAGUAAUGACCACAUUAGGCAAGAACAAAUGAAGGAAUUGGAAAUUCUCGGCGACAGGCCUUCAUUUGAAAGAUCCUAUGAGAAAAAGUCUAUUUUAAAAACUCUUCCGAGGCCCGGACCUCCACCAAUGAGAACUGCAACUCGUGUUCCAGUAAGUUCUCCUGUGAUGAGGCCUGUAAUGCCCGCCAAAACUAAAAUCUUAUCUAUUUUGGAUAAGGCCAGGACAGCAAUGAAAGAGAGUUAUGAUUAUGAGGACGAAGUGUAUGAGCCAAGGUCAACCUAUGAUGGCUACUUGUCUAGUCCUUCUUAUUCCAAAAAACUGUCCCCUUAUUAUAGUUGUGAUUAUGAUCAGGAUUAUUACAAGGAAAGCAGUUCAUACGAAGCAUCCAAGAAAAUAUAUGGAGAAUCUCCAAGCUCAAGCUGGAAGUCUAAAGCACCGGGGGGCGGGGCAUUGAAUUCACGUCACGUCGAGAGUCGCUACCCCAAGUCGCCGUACUCUCGACCCCCAAAGUAAAAGGGUCCUAUGAUGAUUUACGCCUCGUUCUUAUUUAUUUGAUUAUUUUCGUGAGGUGGAUAAUAUCUUAAAACGUAUAUAAUUAAACAAAAUCAUGGAAAGCUAAAAGUUUAAGCAAGACAAGCAAAUUAGAUGGAAAUUUGAAAGAAAAACUUCAUUAUUUUAAGGAUUCCACGCGGGCGAUAGUUUUGAUUAAAUAAAAACCUAACAAUUCCCACAAGGCCAUAACGAAAUGGCACUUAAGUUAUAAAUUUAUACCACUUUUUCAAAGGUAGUAAACCUCAAUCUUUUUCUGUUCUGUGGCAACGAAGUCGGAAUAAAGUAUAUAUAAUCUACUUUUAAUAUCUUAGGGAUGCCAUAAUCAACAUAGUCAGUACAACGCCUCUAGUCCCCCUGUCAUUUUGAACUUCUAUAUAAAAUUAUAAUUUUAAAUGCAAAAAAAAAUUGCAGUGCACGGCUUCCGACUUGGUUGUACCUUGAAAAUAUGGUUCAUUCAGAGUUUCUUUGGCUAAAUAUAAAUAAAUAAUGGUGAAUUUUAAGUCAAUCACACAAGAACUAGGUAUCGCCCCAUAAUAAUGAGAGGUAGCGAUAAGAUACACGAGUGCUCUGUGCAAGAGCCUUUGUUCUUAAAUCUAGUUUUUCUUUAAUGUUAUAAACUUCAUCAGAACUCUUAACUCACAAUAACGUAUAAAUUACCCUUAGAGGGAGACAAAUUAACAUUUUUUAAUCUCCUUUUUAACCAAUGACUGCGUGACGGUUGACAGAUCCUCAGUAAGUUUGGAUGCGGCAUUUUUACGGCAAUAUUAUCUCAAAAUAUGACCAGAUACCAUUAAAUCUUCGGGCAAAAAGGAGUUAAGCCUUAAUAAGAGUUAAUAAAUCUUUCAAUGUAUUACUAACCGAAAAGUAGGCUAACCUCGCUCCGUGCUGAUUAUCUGGAAUGAUCUCAUCCAAAUUAAGCUCACAAAAUGCGAACAAAAAAACUUACCGUUCCAUAAUUCUUUGAAAUUAAUUUAUCCAACGCCUAUUUCAUAUUUAAGCAAAUACUACCAACAUAAUUUUUGGAUUGGCAACAAGAAAACUACUACAAAAAUUACUAAGUUGCUGCAACGUCUCGCCUGAAAUUAAAACAAGUUCCAAUUUGAGUGAAAACGACUGAAAAUCAUGCAACUUUAGUAGCGACAGCGAUAAAUUGCAUCGUAAAAAUUGGGCUUUAGUUGUAUGUAAGCAAUUAAAGACAAGAUAAAACUUAUGAUAAGCACGUGUUAGAUUAAACCAUAUGCACAGAGCACCAUAUCGCUCUCUCUGACUAAGCAUUUAGGGCGAUCCCCGGUGUGAUUUUAUUACCAGCAGCUCCGUUACUGUCGGUUGAGGAUUUUAAUUCACGUCGUUACCCAUAUUAAAUGUUAAAAUAGUUAAAAGCCCAAAUGUUUAUGUAACGUAGAUGUAUAAAUGUGCGUAUAAUAAAUUUAAAAUAAUAUAAAUCCUAAUAAAACUCGAUUAAAAAAUAAAAACUUAAACCGGAUCUAGUACAAUUUUAGACCUAGUGCAAUCUACAGUACCCGAGUUUGUGUUUAGAAAAGUAAUAAAAUAUGUGGGAGUGUAAAUUCAGAUUUUUAA